UGCAGAAAUAAGAAAAUAUGAUUAUGAUCCCAGUUUUGCAAUAAGAGGACUUCAUUAUGAUGUACACCGGGCUUUAUUAAUGAAAAUUGAUGCUUUUCAUUAUAUUCAGCUGGGAACAGUCUACAGAGGCCUCAGCGUUGUCCCAGAUGAAGAAGUCAUUGCGAUGUAUGAUGGUUCCCACGUCCCCUUGGAACAAAUGAGUGACUUUUAUGGAAAGAGCUCCCAGGGAAACACAAUGAAGCAAUUCAUGGAUAUCUUCUCCUUGCCAGAGAUGACACUACUCUCAUGUGUAAACGAACAUUUUCUGAAAAACAACAUAGACUAUGAGCCUGUUCAUCUGUACAAAGAUGUCAAGGAUUCAAUCCGAGAUGUCCACAUCAAGGGAAUAAUGUACAGAGCAAUUGAAGCAGAUAUUGAGAAAUACAUCUGCUAUGCGGAACAGACUCGGGCAGUGUUGGCAAAGCUGGCUGAUCACGGCAAGAAGAUGUUUCUCAUCACAAACAGUCCCAGCAGCUUUGUGGACAAAGGCAUGAGGUUCAUAGUAGGCAAGGACUGGAGAGAUCUCUUCGAUGUUGUCAUUGUUCAAGCUGAUAAGCCAAACUUUUUCAAUGAUAAACGAAGACCCUUUCGGAAGGUAAAUGAAAGAGGAGUGUUGCUUUGGGACAAAAUUCACAAAUUGCAGAAAGGCCAGAUUUACAAACAGGGUAACUUGUAUGAGUUUCUCAAGCUUACUGGCUGGAGAGGUUCUAAGGUUCUGUACUUUGGGGACCACAUUUACAGUGACUUGGCAGAUUUGACCCUGAAGCACGGCUGGCGCACUGGUGCGAUAAUUCCCGAGCUGCGAUCAGAGAUUAAAAUCAUGAACACAGAGAGGUACAUUCAAACCAUGACCUGGCUACAAACCCUGACUGGAUUACUGGAACACAUGCAGGUUCAUCGUGAUCCUGAUUCACAAAUGAUUUUAGAAGAAUGGAAGAAGGAAAGAAAGGAUAUGAGGGAAAUGAACAAGAAUUUCUUCAACGCACAGUUUGGAAGCUUAUUCAGAACCGAUGAGAAUCCAACUUACUUCCUACGACGCCUGUCUAGAUUUGCUGACAUCUACAUGGCAUCGCUGAGUUGCCUCUUGAACUAUGAGCUGGAUUACACGUUUUACCCCCGACGGACUCCUCUGCAGCACGAACUGCCAGCCUGGUCCGACCAGCCGUGCGCUGGCGCGUUCAGAGUUCCCUUCCUCCAAGAGACAGUUCAGAUCAAAUGA